AUGAUAAUUAAAUUAAAACAAUCUGAUAUUGUUCCAGCAGAUUGUAUUCCUUUAUUAUCAAGUAAUCAAGAUGGAAUUACAUUUAUUGAAACUGCUGCAUUAGAUGGUGAAACUAAUCUUAAACAAGUCUUAGUUCCUAAUUAUUUUAUUGGUAAAACAAUUAAUGAUAUUAAUGAAUUGAAAGGAACUUUAUUAUGUGAAUAUCCACAACCAAAAUUUGAUCAAUUUAGAGGGUCAAUAACAAUAGGAAAUGAUAAAAUUUCAAUAAAUGAAAAAAAUUUAUUAAUGCAAGGAACAAUAAUAAGAAAUACUAAUUUUGUUUAUGUUCUUAUUUGUUAUUGUGGAAUUCAUACUAAGUUAAGUCUUAAUCAAACUCCACCAAAAUUAAAAAAGUCAAAUAUUGAUACAAAAUUUAAUAUUUUUGUAUUUGUUAUGAUUAUUAUUCAAUGUGUUAUAUGUUUAAUUCUUGCUAUUUUAUCAGGACAUAGUCAUUCAAUAAUAAAUGAUCCAAAUGAAGGGUUUUGGUAUUUACCUAAAGAUGAUAUUAAUAACAAAUUUUAUGGAUUAAAGAAAUUUUUUGGAUAUUUUACGUUAAUUUCUUAUAUAAUUCCUAUUUCGUGUCAAGUUUCUUUAGAAUUAGCUAAAUUUGCACAAGGUAUUUUCUUUGAACAAGAUGAUGAUAUGAAAAUUAAACAAAUAAAUAGUAAUGGAAAAGAAGAAAUUGUUGGAAUGAAUGCUAAAUCUACUGGUCUUAAUGAUGAACUUGGAAUGGUAAAAUUUGUUCUUUCAGAUAAGACAGGUACAUUAACAGAAAAUGAAAUGAAAUUCAAAAAGUGUGCAAUAAAAGAAAGGGUUUAUGAUAUUUCAAAAUUACAAGAAAUUUUAAAUAUAUCAAAUAAUAAAAUUAAGAAGAAUAAAGAAAUAAAUGAAAAUACAAAUAAUUUUAAUAAUAAUAAUUCUAAAGAAAUAAAUCAUUCAUGUUCUUUUAUUAUUAAUUCUAAUGAACAAGAAAAUCAAGAAGAAAGUAAUAAAAACGAUAUAAUAAAUUUCUUAAAAUGUAUGGCAUUAUGUAAUACUGUAAAUAUAAAUGAUGAAAAAUUUUCAUCUCAAAGUCCUGAUGAAGAAGCAUUAUGUUUGGCAGCAAAAAAUUGUGGAAUUGAAUUAAUUUCAAGAAAUCAAAAAAGUAUUGAAUUAUUAGAAUUUGGAAUAAAUAAAAAGUAUAAUAUUCUAAGUACUUUUGAGUUUAAUUCAGAUAGAAAAAGAAUGAGUGUUUUAACAAGAGAUGAAAAUGGUAUAAUAACACUUUGGUGUAAAGGAGCAGAUAAUGUAAUGAAUGAAAGAUGUAAUGAAGAAGGAAAAGAAUGUAUGAAGUAUCUUAAUGAAUUUAGUUCUGUUGGAUUAAGGACAUUAGUUCUUGCAAUAAAAACAAUUAAUGAAGAUAUCUUUAGUAAAUGGUAUGAAAAAUAUGAUGAUGCAAUAAAUUUACUUGAAGGAAGAGAAGAAGAAGUAGAAUUAUUACAAAAUGAAAUGGAAAAAGAUUUACAAAUUAUAGGAAUCAGUGCAAUUGAAGAUAAAUUACAAGAAGGAGUUCCAGAAACGAUUGAAAUGUUAUUAAGAGGAGGAAUUAAAGUAUGGAUGAUUACAGGAGAUAAAAUGGAAACAGCAAUAAAUAUAGGAAAGUCAUGUAAAUUAAUAAAUAAUACAUAUUAUUGUAUUAAUGAUGAUACACUUAAUCAAUGUAAAACUACUUUAAAUGAAAUUAAAUUAAAAAUUAAUCAACAACAACAUAAUUUUAGUUUAAUUAUUAAUGGAAAAAAUACAGAUUGGUGUGUUCAUGAAUUAAAAAAUAUUUUUAAAGAUAUUGUAUUACUUUCUUCAAGUGUUAUUUGUUGUCGUGUAACUCCAAAACAAAAAGCUGAAAUAACUAAUUGUGUUAAAAAAAUUACAAAUAAAAUUGUUUUAACUAUUGGAGAUGGUGCAAAUGAUGUUCCAAUGAUUAAUACUGGAAAUGUUGGUGUUGGAAUUUAUGGAAAAGAAGGAAAUCAAGCUGCAAGAGCAUCUGAUUUUGCAAUAAGAAAAUUUAGACAUUUAGCAAAAUUAAUUUUAUAUCAUGGAAGAACUUCUUUAUUAAGAAAUUCUGAAAUUAUUAAAAUAUGUUUUUAUAAAAAUGCAUCAUUCUUUUUAAUAUUAUUAUGGUAUUCUUUUAUAAGUAAUUUUACUUGUCAAGUCGUUUUUGAUGAUUAUAUUAUGACUUUCUUUAAUAUUUUAUUUACUCAAAUUCAACCAAUUCUUAUUGGUAUUUUUGAUAGAGAUUUACAAUGGCAAACAAUUCAAUUAUUCCCUGAAGUUAAUAAAGAAAUUCAUAAAUCAUUACGUGGAAAAGUUAUCAAUUUUAUUCUUUGGUUCUUUUAUGGUAUUUAUCAAUCUCUUAUAUUCUUUUUCGUAUUCUUUUGGUUUAUAUCACCUUCAGAUAUAACUGGUAAAGAUGGAUUAAAUGGAGGUAUUAUUUACACUUCAUUAACAAUUACAUUUUAUUCUUUAUUUACUAUAAUUGUCACUUUAAUUAUUGAAACAAAAACAUGGAAUUGGAUAUUAGUUAUUGGUCAUAUUAUUUCUAUUAUUUUUAUCUUUAUUAUCUAUGGAUUAACUUGUUAUAUUCCUGGCUAUUCUACUUAUGACAUUUCUUGGAAUGGAUUUACUUAUGUUUUCCAAUCAUUUAAUUUCUAUUUAAUUACUAUCUUUACAAUAAUAAUAAGUGUUGCUCCAUUAAUUCUCAAAAGAUUUAUUCAAAGAUAUUUCUUCCCUGAUAUGUAUCAUGUCGUUCAAGAAAUUCAAACAUCUCUUGAAACUAAUUAUGGUAAGAAGAGAAAUUUCUUCUUUGAAGGAAGUAAUGAAUUAAAACAAUUAAUUAAUCAUCGCCUCCCUUUAAUCUCAAAAGAUAUUUCUUUUAAUAGUACCUCUUCUAACAGCCAAAUAAAUGAAAUUGAAUUGGUUGAAGAAAAUUGA